CAAGGAGCCGUGAUGCGGAUGGCGGGGGCGUGGGCGCUCCCGGAAGAAGUCGCAAGCGGGGAGGCGAGGCCCUUUUUGUUGUCGGAGCGUUGGCGCAAGCGCAGUUGUUGCGCAGAGCCUGUCCUGGGUUCUCGGUGCCGGUUGUGUCUCGUCUUGCCGUCGGUUCCUCGCUUCGUCACCGGGUUCCCGCUGCGCCUUCCCUCUUUCCCUCUCUCGUGAGCCCUCGGAACGGAGGCUCCAUCAUGGCGAUGAACUACAACGCGAAGGAAGAGGCGGCGGCGGCGGCGGACGGGCACCCGUCGGGCGGCAUUGGCUCGAUGCCAGGCAGCAGCAGUAUGGGGGCCGGGGCUGCCGGGGGCGGCGGCGGCGGGGUGCCCGGGGGUGUCAUCGGGCUCGCCGCCAAGAGCCGCAAGCCCGACAACACGGCGUUCAAGCAGCAGCGUCUGCCGGCCUGGCAGCCCAUCCUCACCGCCGGCACCGUCCUGCCCGCCUUCUUUGUCAUCGGCUUCAUCUUCAUCCCCAUCGGCAUCAGCAUCUUCCUCGCCUCGAACAACAUCCGCGAGUUCGAGAUUGAUUAUACAGGAAUAGAAAAAGAUAGUCCCUGCCAUAAAUGUCUAAAUGAGUCCUGGAACAGCAUUUCUUGUCCUUGCACCAUUAAUUUCACACUGGAUCAGCCUUUUGAGAGCAAUGUGUUCAUGUAUUACGGUCUGUCCAACUUUUAUCAAAAUCAUCGUCGCUAUGUGAAGUCUCGAGAUGACAGCCAGCUAAAUGGCAAUUUAGCUGCUUUACGUGACCCCAGUAAGGAAUGUGAACCGUAUCGCACAGUUGGUAGGGCUGCCAUUGCUCCUUGUGGUGCUAUUGCUAACAGCAUGUUCAACGAUACAUUGGAAUUGUUCCGUCUUGAGCAUAAUGGGACAUAUCAAAGUAUUCAUUUGAAUAAAAAGGGUAUUGCUUGGUGGACAGACAAAAACGUGAAGUUCAGGAAUCCUGUUCAAGAUGGGAAAAACUUGACAACAGUUUUCAACGGCACAACAAAACCAAUUAACUGGCCCCGUCCAGUGUAUAUGCUGGAUGAGGAAGAUCCAGACAACAACGGGUUCAUCAAUGAAGACUUUAUUGUGUGGAUGCGUACUGCAGCGCUGCCCACAUUUCGUAAGCUGUAUCGCCUCAUAGAGAGGCAGGAUAGCUUACGUCCUACUCUACCAGCUGGAAAUUAUUCCUUGGUAAUAAAGUACAAUUAUCCUGUGCAUAGCUUUGAUGGACGAAAACGGAUGAUCUUAAGCACCAUUUCAUGGAUGGGAGGCAAAAAUCCAUUUCUGGGAAUUGCCUACAUGACUGUUGGCUCGAUUUGCUUUUUUCUCGGAGUAGUGCUGCUUAUCAUUAAUCACAAAUAUGGAAAUCGGAACAAUAGUGCAGAUAUUCCCAAUUAAUUCCAUUCUUCCAAAUCACAUGUACUGCAUGUGCAUCAAGGCCAGUCCAGAGUGGACACAGCUUUUUGAAAGCUCUAACCCUGGUAAAUGUUGCUUCUGACACAGAAUGCAUAAGUAUAUCUGAAGCCUUCCUUUCCCUUACAGUGGAUUAACUUGAAGAUAAUGGAUAUAAAAAUUAGCAGUAGAAACAGUGCUGACGAGAGGAUUGUUGAGGUUUGCCUCUUGCUGGACAGGUGCCAUGAUGCGCAUAUAGUCUUUCCUCACCUAAUGCAUCUGCUUCUUGUUUGUGUGCUUUGUAAUAAGUCAAUACUGUGUAUAGGCUGUGUGGCGAGAGUGUGUUUAGGACACUGUAGCCUGUUAAUAUUUUAAGGAGGUAAGGUGCAUUGGUGCUGUUGGAAGGAGAAGAGGACUUUCUAGUGUUCUGUCACAUGAUGCAUUGUGCGCAUGGGCUUUACUUUUCCUGCUGAAAUGUUUAUUAUAUUAUACCUGUACAGUUCAUUCUAUAUUGAGCCCAGCUACAUGUUCACAUUAUUUCCCCAUAAUUUUUCCUGGCAUGUGACCUAGUGUGACAAAAAGCUUACUUGUUAACCAAUGACUUCAAAAGUUACUUUCCACAUGGAAUCAAUAGCUGCAUAUAAAACUCUUGCUUUACAGUCUACAUGACUUGUGUGGUCUGAACCUCCAGCUGGAGAAGCAUGUCUCCAGCUGAAAUGGAGAGGUUCCAUUCUUAAACCAGGUAUAAUGUGUGUGCUAGCCCCAAAACUUUAUUUUCUCAGGUUAAAAGCAAGGCUUUUAGGAACGAAUCAUAAACCUUUUUGUAUUCCUAAUUUGAGAGAAUAAUUAAUCUUACUCUGGAGGGUGUUUCAGCUCUUUAACUCAAGUACUUGAGGUCAUCAAAAGUAACCUAAAAGUUGCCGUGGUAGGAUAAGUGGGGAUUUUUGCAUCUUGCACAUUUUCAAUUAAAACUGUCCAAAUUGUAAGAACCCAUUUAAAUGAUUAUAUAUAUAUAUAUAUAUAUAUAUAUAUAUAUAUAUAUAUAUAUAUAUAUAUAAAUUGCUAUGUAUAUGGAGGUUAUUUUAUGUGAAAUUGGCUUGUUGAUCUGAAUAUUUGCUAUUGAAUAAAUACUGUCAUUUGUGUAUGAAAUCAUAGUAUUACCAGAAAUGUGUAUAUAAUGCAGCUCAAUCUAUAGUGGCAGUCACACUGGAAAAGAGAUUCAGGAAGCUGCUAUAUAAACUCUAAUUUAUGGCAGAGAUCGUUUGCAGCAUAAUUUACUUAUAAUUUUUUGGAAUCAGAAAACUAGUUAUAAGGAGCUCUAAAGUUGUGAGAUGUCUCAUGGUUGAUACAGAAAAUGUACUUUCUAAAGAAAAGUACAUCAGUCAAAUAUCUUCCUGUGUCAACCAAAAAUCAUUGCAGUUGGGAAAACAUCUACAUACAUAAAUAAGGAAUAUUUAAAAAGGGUCAAAAUGACACACAUUAAGUUGGAAUGACUUGUGCAAAUGGAAGUUCUUUUGUGGAAAAGAAGAGGAAAAAGUUACUUCCACCAGUUUCCCCUGCUUACCUCCGAAUAUGCUCCUGGACCCUUAGAAAAUGAACCUUUCCUUUGCUCUUGUGUGACAGGACUUCUUCCAUUUGUGCAAGCUAUUCUUGGAUCCAAACCACAGCUCUCUAAAACAAGGAACAGCAAUUUCCCUAUCAACUUAGUUGUAUGAUUCUCAGCAACUUUAGCGAACAUCUGUCCCGUAUCGGUUAUGCACACGUUUGUCUAUGAGAAGAAAACACUUCUUUUCCCCUGGCCUUCUGUAAAGUGUGAUAAUUAAACUCUUAAGGUCUUGAA